AUGUGCAGGAUCACGAUCUCGGAUGUGUCGUUCAGCCGUCCAAAGGUGCUACACUGUCAGAGUCAGUCAUGCGUUAUUGUCACCUUCAGGAACCCAGCCGAUCCUCAUCGUGUCGCUAGGGUUGAGCUUCCCCGUCCCUUCUACAUCCCACGCGAAAGCCUAAUGAUCAAGCGCCCUGAUGACGCUACCUACGAUUUUGGCGAUUCGUACAAGGUAUUAGUCGAAAUCGAGCCAACCGAUGGCAUUGACUGGCCUCCUCUCAACCUUGAAGACCUGACUGGUAUCCCCUCACUAGCCCUGGCCUCGUCGACGACCCAGAACUGGUCUUUUUCGAGUCCCUUUGACCGGCUCUUUGGCCGUCUCAAGGCUCCGCUGUCUCUGGUCACGGCGUCUUAUAUGGACGAGUCCACAUACGAGACUGACUACGAACUUGAUGUUGAUCUUCAGUGGUCGUCCGGAACCAUGGAGUCUGGGACCCUGGAGGAUGAUUCUAAGGAGCUUGUGACGGAAGACUCUGGUGUGUCAGUUGCAGACGGGCACUGGGGAGAAGACGUGUCAGCAGGGGACAACCACCAGACGGCCGCCCCGUACGAAAAUCAACACGGCAUUGACGAUAUCAAUGGCGGCAAACGUACGCCUUCGCGGGGGCCGAGGACGCACAAGAACCAUGACGGCACCAACGGCGACCACACUCCGUCACGGGGGCUGAGGACCAGGGGGGGCGAUAAGAACUACAACCUCAAGACACUGAGUGACAUGGCACAUGGGAAGCAGCGGAAGCCGGGGAAAUCUGGCAUGCCGAUGAAUAUUGACGGGGGGCGGGUUCACUAUUUCCUUCCGCCCGACGAGCCCGUCUGCGUCGAUGGUUUCCGUUGUUUAUCCCACUCAGACUACGACUAUAAACUGGAAACGACGGUUCAAGGGCCUCGAUUUCAUGUCUCCAACAGAGAAGACUCUCCCGACAGCCCUUCCAAGUCGUUCUCGUUCUGCUAUCCACAGCGGUCCUUUAACUUCGAGACUUUUGUCGCGGGGGAUCAGCUGCUGGAGCCGUCUCAUCUGGAUGAUAUCGGCCACGGCUCCGACUUGGCCCAUAAAGCUAACAGUGCCAAUGUUGCUCCUUCGGGCAAACAUACAUUGAAACAGUCGGACAAGACCAGAGCAUCAACCAAGACGUGUCCCAGAAAGGAGGCCACGACGAUACCCCCAACGCGUAACAUCUUUUAUCACCCCGUGAGCAAGCAGGAGCUCAAGGUCGGAGAUGAGGUGCCCAAACCCGUUGUCGAGAAGCAGUGGUUCCACCACAAACACCAUCACAACCUCGACGACGUGGUGGAUGUGACAGCAGCCGAACUCGAGUACAUCAAGGAAUUUGACGACGUGAUGCGCGAGCAGGAUAUCUCGGCACAACUGUACUUCCCGCGAGCAUGGCUGAGAUUUGUCAAGGAGAAGGCCAGUUGGCUCAUCGAGGCCAAUUACCGCAUGCAGGAGCUCGGGAUGCACGAGAGCUACCUGGUGGCCACCGGACUGAUUAACAUUGAUCACAUCCAGGAGGCGGCAGGGUAUAUUGGGCAGGCGCGGGCCAGGCGGGAUAUCAUGGGGACAACAUCCAAAGUAGACGGCGGUCAAGAGAACAAAAACGGAACAAGUCGACGAAGUCCGGAGCCGGCAGACAAGAUGAUCCCAGUUGGCAAGAGCGCCAGUGGCUGCAGCGUAUGCGGGCUACCCGUCCUCAACGGCCCGCGGACGCUCAUAUGUUCCAACAAGAAAUGCUUGGCUGGCCGCUUCCAUUCCCAGUGCGUGUCGCGGGCUCCGACGACAAGAGCUGGCAAGUUGAGCUGGCAAUGCAGUGAGUGCCGAACCACGAUUGACAGCGCACGUACAACUCCAUAG